CAACCUCGAUCUCAUUCCCUUGAGACACAGCGACAAUCCUCGUCCUGUAGACCCCAACUCUCCUCGUUUCACAAACAUCACGAGCCCCUUCUACAAGAAGCCGAAUAACUGAGAUAGGCACAUAGAAAACCAGCCCCCCACACACACACUCACCCAAACCACCAAACCAACCCUGGUCGGCGCACCAGCACCCGCACCCUGCAGGUCACGAACCACCCACCAGCCCGUCACCGUCAUCCUCAGGCCCCAGAACAAAACCGCCGCCCUUCGUCACCAGAUUUCCCAAACCCCGCUAUUUUCGUCCUUCAAACCUACCUUUACCCAUCCGUCUUCACAACCACAGACUAACAAUCCGACCGACACCUCACGAGAUUCCUUCGCAUCACACGCUCUGCUGUCAAACUUCACCAUCAGAACUCCGUUCGCGCUAGCCCAGCUUCGCAUACACCUUCAAAAUGGCCGCCAUCGUCGAACGCAGUCCCCCGACCCAUUCCCCUCCUGGUCCCCAUCCCAAGAGACCCAGAGGCAUCCUCAAGAACUCAUAUCAAAAGUCUCCUCCGUCUUCCCCGCCUGACGAAGCCCCCCUCACCGAGAAGGAGCUCACUCUCGUCAACACGCAAUACAACGCCGGCCACCGACGCUCGUCAUCCGCAGCCCGCCCCUCUGGCUCCCGCCGCCAGUCAAGUCGCACUCCCUCCCACCAGGGCGACGACGAGCAAGACCUCGAGUCGUCCCAGCGUCUCAAGUGGGACGAGGCCAACCUCUACCUGACGGAACAGGAGCGCACCUCGACCAUGAAGAUUGAUGAGCCCAAGACUCCCUAUGCCAAGCACUACGACCCCACCGAAGACCCCUCGGACGACGAGGAGAUGGAAGGCUCCAACAUUGAGAAGAAGCCUCGCACAGCUCGCGCUGGUCCUGGCGUGGAAGAUGAUAUCCCUAUCAUGUCGCUUGGCGAGCCGGAGGAAGCGGUCCCGGAAAGCGAGUCGUCCAAGGAAAAGGCCCUCAAGGCCGUCCACGUCGACGACAGUGCCAGCGCACACGGCGACGAUGACGAACUGGCCGGCCUUUCUCCCGAAGAGCGGGAGAAGCACCGUCGUUUCGAGGAGUUGCGCAAGAAGCACUACGAAAUGAAGGAUGUGGCCCACUUGUUGGGCCACCCCGAAGAACUACUCGAGGAGGAAGACGACGAGAACAGUACCCGCCCGCCUCCGGUCCCUACUCUCCCCCGUCCGAGCGAGGCCACCAACGGUCAGGCUUAACUGGCUGGCCAAGCUAGCCGCUGCCCGGCACAUCGUCGCGGCGACGGAUUCCGGAGGAAGAAGAAGAGGGGCGACGACACAGGGGACGCAUUACGAGCAUUUUCACGCACUGUUGACGCUUUGUGGUCUUGAGAUGGAGAUUACCAUUCGGCAACGGCGUGACACACGAAGGAGUUCUGGGUGGAUAUCACGGAUGGGUUUGGCGGCGUUCCGGGGCCUUGGCGUCUGCAGUCGUCGCGAACCGCCAUCGUUGCAGCGUGUGUCCCGUCCCCAACCGGCUGCGCCUGCGCCUGCGCCGGUGGAUGGGAGCAUUUCAGCACGAAUUAGUAGGCUUUUUGCUUCGGCCAGAAAUUGGCACUUUCAAUAGAGUCUGAAUUGUCCUAUCAACAAACAACUCCCACAUCAUUCUUUUCCCAUGGAAACUCCUGUCAUACCGUGGCCUCUCUCGGCGACGGCCAUUAAACAACCGUUCGUGUGCGCCUUGCAAUGCUUCCAGAUACCUAUCCGCCUGUCGGUGUAUCUUGUUGUCUACUCGUCCAGAGUUCUCAUGUCAAUAUCCGAUCUGUC